GGCUUCCGGCCCUGCGACUGGGAAGGAGCCGGAAGUCCGGCAGGCUCGGGGCGUCGAGAUGGAGGAGGGUGAAUACGAAUCAGUGCUCUGUGUCAAGCCGGAGGUGCACGUCUACCGCAUCCCGCCACGGGCCACCAACCGUGGCUACAGGGCUGCGGAGUGGCAGCUGGACCAGCCAUCAUGGAGUGGCCGGCUGCGGAUCACUGCAAAAGGGCAGGUGGCCUACAUCAAGCUGGAGGACAGGACCUCAGGGGAGCUCUUUGCGCAGGCCCCGGUGGAUCAGUUUCCCGGCACAGCAGUGGAGAGUGUGACCGACUCCAGCAGGUACUUCGUUAUCCGCAUCGAGGAUGGAAACGGGCGACGGGCGUUUAUUGGAAUUGGCUUCGGGGACCGAGGUGAUGCGUUUGACUUCAAUGUCGCACUGCAGGACCAUUUCAAAUGGGUGAAACAGCAGUGUGAAUUUGCAAAACAAGCCCAGAACCCCGACCAGGGCCCUAAAUUGGACUUAGGCUUCAAAGAGGGCCAGACCAUCAAGCUCAGCAUUGCGAACAUGAAGAAGAAGGAAGGAGCAUCCGGGACCCCUAGAGCCCGGCCCGCCAGCACAGGAGGGUUGAGCCUGCUUCCGCCUCCCCCUGGGGGGAAGACCUCCACCCUGAUCCCUACCCCGGGGGAGCAGUUGUCUGUGGGGGGAUCUCUCGUUCAGCCACCAGUUGCUCCUGGUUCAGCCUCCUGGAAUCAUGAAACUGAUUUCAGGGUCACUGAGACAACCAGAAAAGAGAGAACUCUGACUCCUCUGUCUCCUUAUCUUCUUUCUCUACCCAUCGGACCUGGGAACAUCAGUAGGAGGUGCCACUGUGUCCUGGCCGCAGCCGAAGCCAGUCGCCACUGCUGCCACUGACAUCUGGGGAGACUUUACCAAAUCCACAGGGUCGCCUUCUAGCCAGACUCAGCCAGGCACAGGCUGGGUCCAGUUUUGACCUGAGCGCAACGCUUUCCUCAUAGCACUUCUGGAAAGGAGCUGCCUCAUCUGGGCCAAAGGAAGGAGGAUGAAGCACUCCCUGGCCAGCCUCUGUUUGGAGCAUGACUCUCCUCUCCUCCUUGCCUGACCCUCUUGACAGACUGGCAUGUCAGGCAGCAAGUCGGCACUGUGUCACACAAUUUUCUGGGAUUCAGUAUGCAACCAGACACAGGAGAAGAGAUACGCCAGGAUCCCUGUCCCUGUCUGUCCUCUUGACAUGAGAACAGCUCUGAGACUACUUUGCUCACAAAGACCCUUAUUAAACACAGUGCCCCAAAGCCAAAGAAGGGGUUGAGUGUGCCGUCUGGAUUCAGCUCAGCCCUUCUCAGGGGUUACAGGUGUCAGAGGAUCACAGGCCUGAAGUGGGGCUUUCUGCAGUCCCAUCAGCUGUAGCCAUUUCAGUCCAGGUGCCUUCAGAGGAGGGAUUCCUUCCUGAUUGCUAGCAGGUUUAUAAGUGGCAGCUUGAACAAUCAGGAGGGAAAUCGGGAGUAUUAACUAGCUUUAAAAAUCGUUUUAAUAUUUGCUUUGCUAAUGUGCUGGUCUGCACUAAUUCCUUUUCUUUGCAAAAGGGACUGCUCCUGAAGUAUGCCCCAGCAGGGGCCUCUAAAAGCAUUCCUCAUUGUCAGCCGCAGGAGCUGCUCUGAGCUUUAGGAAGCAGUGGUCAUCUCCGCCAAGUGGCCUGGGUCCCAUGUCUUCCAGGCCAUGUAGGCAGUGGAGGGCUGAGGCAGGUGCUGGAAGCCAGGUAAAACAGUGUUCAAGCCGGAGAGUGGAAACCAUUCUUGCGGAGGUUGGGGGGUGGGGUCAGCCUUCCUGUCCACUGGCAGCUCUCUGGGUUCACAGGUCACGGCACAGUUCCUGGUGGACUUGGGUUUUGUCUGUGGUGUUUUCUGAAGUGCCUUGUCAGCAGACAACCUUUUUCUUUCUUUUUUCCUUCAGGGUCUGUACAUGACAGAAGGAGUUGUGAGUGAACUGGAAGUCUAGGGUUGCCCGUUUACUGGUUUAUAAGAAGUUAUUUUAUCUGAACAUCUCUAAAAUUGCUUUUAUUGACAUACUUUACCUCUUAAUGCAAAGAUUGCCUUUCUGAAGAGUCAAGACGAACCGAAAAAAGUGUUGGCCUUUUUGUGGGACCAGAUUUCUCAAAUAAAAAAUGAAUGUUUUUA